AUGGCAAACAGCGACGAUACCAAGAAAAGCUCGCAGCAAACGCUACGGAGCCUGUCCGACGAGAUUUCUUCUUUGACUGAUGUCUUUUCCGGCUUCCUGGAGUCGAAUGGCCACCCUGAGCGUUCGCUGAAGUCGACCGAUUCUGUGCGGUAUUCAGACGCGCCAGAAGAUGUGGAAUCUGCACGCCGUAGGCUAGUGACCAAACUCCAAGAGAUGACGCUACUUGCAAUGUCGCCGUUUGAAGCAGUCAGAGAUAUGCUUCUUGAAGUAUGUGAAUUCUGGUCAUGACUUGCGAUGUCGUCUAACGUAUAGUCAGGUCUCUUCGCUGCCAGCACUGCACGUCAUCUCUCAUUUCGAGAUAAUCGACCACGUGCCGCUUGAUCGCGAGAUCUCAUACGCGGAACUUGCCCAGAAGAUCAAUGUGCCUCAACGACGUCUCACGCGAAUGCUUCGUUCGGCGAUUUCGAGAUCGAUCUUCCAGGAGCCAAAGCCCGGAUACAUUGCUCACAAUUCUCUAUCUGCCGCGAUGAUCCAUUCGAAAUGGCUUCGAUACCAUGUAGCGAGUACACUGGAGAACUUUUUACCCACAGCACCCAAAUUCGUAGAACAGAUCGAGAAGUUUGGUGACAGAGAAACCAGAUCUACCUCUGCAGCGGGAAUCGCUUACAAUACGGAGACAGACUGCAUCCAGUACUUGCUAUCCCAGCCGAAGCACCAGCAGAUACUCAUGAAUGUAAUGAAAAACUCUGGCGAGAUCUCAGGGUUGGAUCCAGAGAGCCUGGUUGAACAUUACGACUGGCCAAAGGCGUCUGAUCAAAUCAUUGUUGAUGUAAGUGCGCUUUUCUUGGCUGAUAGCAUCAAUACUGAUUACACGACCAGGUUGGUGGUGCAUCUGGCUCUGUUUCCAGAGCGAUUGCCAGUUCAGUUCCGAGCGUGCGAUUCAUUGUUCAAGAUCGCGCCAAUGCGGUGCGCCAAGGUGAACUGGAGACUCCCCCUGAGCUCAAGGACAGAUUUACCUUCCAAGAACAUGACUUCUUCCAAGUGCAACCUGUGAAGAACGCCGAUGUGUAUCUUUUGCGUUGGAUCCUGCACGACUGGCCAGAUGAAGACGCAAUUACUAUUCUUCGCCAAGUUGCACUGGCGAUGGGGCCGAAGUCGAAGAUGCUAAUCGCUGAACGGCUCGUGCUGUUGCCGGGAGAAGGCGAUCCAUGGGAUCAGAAGAUCGCAACAAGCAUGGAUAUGUUCAUGAUGGCGUUCAACGGAAGUGAGAGGACGCUGGAGCAUUUCCAGUCGUUGGUUGAACAGACCGGGGAGGCUCUAGAGAUCUGUCGCGUCAUCCAAAGACCUAAUGGGGCGCUAUAUUCGCUGAUUGAGGUUGCUCGAAAGGAAUAA